CAAAGAACAAUUAUUGCAAGAAUCCAUUAAUAAAGUUAGUUCCGCCGAGAUGUCCAAAAGAGAAGCUCAUAGGCGUUUUCAUUUCACACCAAAGUCCCUUAAACGUAGAAUGGCCAGUGGUAACCUUGAGAAAGGGAGUCCCGGACCAGAAGGCGUUUUUGGGAAUACAAAUGAAAAACGGUUGGUUGUUCACACCCAACGAUUGGCAGCGGCUGGAUUUGCUCCUAAUAAAAAUACAGUUCGACGACUGGCUUACAACUUUGCUGAGAAGCUGAAACUAAAACAAAAAUUUUCACACAAUAGCGGUUUGACUUUCAACAUUAUUAGAAAGAAACCACGGAGUGUCAAUAAGACAAGCUGAAGGAUUGUCAUUAUCAAGAGCUCGAGGAAUGAAUAGAGAAAAGACUUUAAAAUUUUUUCAACUUUUGAUUGAUACCUUAACUGAAAAUAAUUUAUUGGAUGAGCCAUCUCAUAUUUUCAAUAUGGACGAGACAGGUGUUCAACUGGCCAACAAACCUGAGAAAGUACUGACAACGAAUGGUGCAAGAGAUGUCAACGUUUUAACAUCUAAAGAGCGAGGAGAAGAAGUUACUGUUGUUGCAUGCUGUACUGCAGACGGCAGGUUUAUUCCGCCCACUUUAAUUUUCAAAGGUGUAAGCUAAAAGGUUGAGUUUUUAGAUGGAUUACCAGCUGGAUCCAAAAUUCAAAUGAAUUAACAGUAAUCCUUCAUAAAUUCGGAAUAAUUUCUUAAAUGGUUAAAGUUUAUUCCCAAUAAGCCAUCCGGCAAAUGUUUAUUAAUCCCGGAUGGCCACACUUCAGUCCUGACGGCGAUAUGCUGCAAGUGACUGACUGUAACGAUAUAAUUGUUUUGUGUGUAUGCAGGCUCUUCAGCCACUAGACCAUAGUUUUUUUAACCAUUUAAAACUUAUGUUAACCAAGAAGCUCAGUUAUGGAUGAAACACAACGCCAGCAGAAACCUUACGAGAUAUCAAGCCGGUGCAUUAAUUGGAAAAAGUUUGUUAAGAUCAGCAUCUGAGGUCACAGCCAUUAACGGUUUCAAGGCAACAGGGAUAUAUCCUGUUGAUCCUAAUGCUAUUCCGGAUCCCUUUUAUUCUAUAACCAAUUCAUCCAUGACAAAUACUUCCCCAGAAAGAGAUGCUGACCGUCCCAGCUUAGGAUCACCCUCCACCAGCCCUACUCGUCCUGUUCAAACAUGUGGUAGGAAGAUGACGGCGACGGUCCACAAAUUACUCCUUCAAAACUUUUGCAAGAAGUUUUUCCUAUCCCAAAAUUACCUGUAUCCUUUAAGCAAAGGCAAAGCGCAACUGUGUUAACAUCACCCGAAAAAUAACAAAGAGGGUUCGCCUUGACAAACAUAAAACAACCAAUGUGGCAAAAAAGAAAAAGGAACUAAAAAUCCAAAAAAAUCAACUAAAACAACUAGAGGAAGAGCCAAAAAAAAACUAAUGGAGUCACAGCGAAGAUGAACGCCUGUGGUCAAAAAGAAAAAUGAAAAUCGGGAACGCUGAGAGUGGACUGCCUUGAAGUUUACGAAACGACAACUAAAAAUGUGGAUUGACUGUAGUGCCUUAACGCUUAAAAUGGCUACAUCUCACUUGCACUAUGUAUGGUGAAGUGUGUGGCAUCUGCUCUGGAUUCGACUUGAGAAAAAAAAAAUGAAAAUUA